AUGCAUUUCACGACAUAUAUCGCACCGGCAUUGCUGGUGCUGUCCGAGAUGGCUUCGGCCAAAGCCAUCAUUCACUUGCCCAACGCCAUUCGAAGGAGGGAUUACUCGCACGAAGUAAAGAAGGUCGCAGAUAAACUACUUCGUCGCGCCACUGUAGGCACCGACGUUAACCUUCAACCUCAAAGUUUCAAUGGCCUCCUCCCAUUAUCCGAACCCGACUCAGCAUUGAACCAAUCCAUCGCAACAGCAUGCUUGAAUUCCUUGCAGUCCGUCACUGGUGUUGAAAACGACGCCGGACUGACCGCAUGUUAUAACAUUCUCCAGUACGAUCCUAAAUUGGGCGCCUUUAUGGCAGAUCUGCGACUUUACCAGGCAUUCCAACCAAAGGGGGCCUUUGCCAACAUUACCGUCAGCGAUAUUCAAAUCGGUGUCAAGUAUCCCUCAUCGACCAGAUUCCAGUCUGUACCCAAAUCCAACGCCAAAAAGCGAGAUCUUGAAGAACGUCAAUCAACCUCGACCAACAGCAGUAUGACCGAGAUUGAACAAUACCUCCUCAUGGGAUCCUUCUUGACCCAUUUGGAUAUCAAGAAGCUUAACAACACCCAACUCAUGUCACUGAUGUUGCCCGAAAUCCAGCUCAACACUGCCGAGUCUCAAAAGGCAGUAUCAGCAAACAUGACCUCUGGUGAGGGUGCAUGGUUUGUCAUUGGAGAGUUCAGUUCAGAUUUCGAUGAGAAACUGGUUACUCCUGCAGCAGCCAAGAAUGCCAUUGAAGUUGCUCUCCCUUUCAUCCUCCCGGGAGUGACUCUCGGCAUCUUCCCCACUGGAUUGAUCAUCACCAUGGCAUGGACCGGUCUUUUCUUCCUAGCUUACGGACUGGGAACGUUUGGUCGCAUCAGGUAUAGAGAUGCCUAUCGAAAGAGAAUGGCCGCUUCAGCCGGCCGAACCGGAAAAAGAAUAUAG